AUGACAGGCCGCUAUGAAGCACGCCCGGAGCGUCAAAAUGAAUAUUUCAUCCCUGGUGAAGGAAUCAGCCGAGAAGUCAUUCAAGCAGAUAUCUGUCGCUACCUUGGAAACGAUGCCCUCGUGAGACCUGGCAACCACAAUGGCCGCCCAGGAUUCUUUAUCCGUGCCUAUCGGAAUCUCACAUCUGAGAUGAUCACUGAUUUGAAGGCUGACUCCGCUCGCUGGGAGGCGGACGUCUCACGCCGGGCUGACCUAGGCUACCCGCGGGGCAGUUACAAUCAAGACAUGCCUCACUCUAACCCCCCAGCACAAGGGAACUAUGCCGCUCCAGCUAUUCAUGAGCCCCGUCAAUCACAGGGACAAUCCCCUACACCAUUCACUGCAGCUCCCGCUCAGUCAUAUACUAUGGAUCCUUAUUCCCAAGGCCCCUACAGUGGAUCCCAGAGUGCCCCCUACACACAAGCGUCAUCAUACACACAGCAGCCAUCAUACACAACACCGUCAACUCACUCGCCAUAUCCACCUAGUCAAGCCCAGUACCCUCCGCCCCAGGUUUCCUACUCUGGCUCCAAUCAGCCCAUCGUGACCUCGGCGGACAUGCACCCCCAGUCGUACACAUAUGCCCCCACGAGCUAUGGCUACGACAAUGGCCGAAGCAAUGCUCCCCGAUACCCGGGGCCUGGAUAUGAUGCCGAUCAGGACUACUCUCCCGUAACUUCCGGGAUGGCUUAUCCUGCAACUAGUGCCCCGGAUCCCCGGAUAGGAAUGGAGCCCAGGUUCACUCCAGAAUAUGAGCGCAGGCCACAAGCAACCAGAAAUGAAGCUCCCCAUCGUCGGCGGUAG